AUGGAAUCUUCCAAUUCGGGAAAAGAUGGGUAUUAUAAUGACGGGGAGCAAGAGGGUGUUUCUUCUAGUCGCGAAGAUGCCAAGAGAUUAAAUGAUAUUCUUCCUGAAGAUGAUAGUCAUAGACAAAUCGAAUGUUCAUCUAUUUCAUCUUCGGAUGUUGAAGUUCAAUCUCCCCUUUCAGAUCAGGGAAGUGAGAGUAUCACUAUUCAAUCGGUACCACCUUCAGUUAAUUUUCAACAAGUUUCUCCAGAACUUUUAAUUCGUCCAUCGUUCCCACCAAAAAUUUGUCCAAAAGAAUUA